GCAGCUCAGCAAGGGAUGUGCCCCCUACACACGGUGCGGACUAGAGGAGGCGUCAGUGACUCAUGCCUGCGCACACACAGCAACUGCCUCCCUGCCUGCCUUCAAAAUCGCACAUCCAAGCACUUGUGGAGGAGACGGGGGCAUCCCUAAUUCCUUCCUGCGCCCCCACUGACAUUCAAACGUCUUUCCUUUCUGGAAUUUCUAUAAAGAGGAGUUUAUCUAGCAAAGCUGCUAGGUCCAGACUCCAGCCAGUUGGACUUAAGUGCUCUGGAUUUGGGAACCUCCAGGUACAGCAGUAGGUGGAUCUCCCUAUCCAGUCUGAACAUUAGGAGAAAUCAUUAGCCCAAAAGGAUUGUCACUGGAGAGAUGGCAUCGUCUUCCCCUUCAUCGUCCGACACCAACCAGGACACCAACCCAAUUAAUCUGCGACCCACAACCUAUGACGCGUGGUGUGGGGUGGCACACGGAUGCACGAAAAAGCUUGGAUUAAAGAUCUGUGGCUUCCUGCAGAGAAAUAACAGUUUGGAUGACAAGAGCAGGAUUGUGAGUUCCUUCAAAGAGAGGCAAGCUUCCAAAAACCUCCUGGUGUGUGAAAAUAUCGAGAAAGACUCCCAGUUCCGCCGUGCCGAGACAGACUUCUCCAAUCUCUUUGCCAGAGAUUUACUGCCUGCUAAGAAUGGGGAAGAGUUCACUAUGCAGUUCCUGCUGGAGGUGGUUGACAUUCUCCUAAACUACGUCAGGAAAACGUUUGAUAGAUCCACCAAGGUCCUAGACUUUCAUCAUCCUCACCAGCUUUUAGAGGGCAUUGAGGGCUUCAACCUGGAGCUGUCUGACAACCCAGAGUCCUUGGAGCAAAUCUUGGUGGACUGUAGGGAUACCCUGAAGUAUGGAGUUAGAACAGGGCACCCUCGCUUCUUCAACCAGCUCUCAACAGGACUGGAUAUUAUUGGCUUGGCUGGGGAAUGGCUGACAUCUACCGCUAACACUAACAUGUUUACGUAUGAGAUCGCACCAGUUUUCGUCCUCAUGGAACAGAUUACGCUUCGGAAAAUGAGAGAAAUAAUCGGCUGGACAGAAAAGGAUGGAGAUGGAAUAUUUUCUCCAGGUGGUGCCAUCUCCAACAUGUACAGCAUUAUGGCUGCCCGCUACAAAUACUUUCCUGAAGUAAAAACCAAAGGCAUGGCAGCAGUCCCCAGAUUGGUUCUCUUUACCUCAGAACAUAGCCACUACUCCAUAAAGAAAACUGGGGCUGCGUUGGGGUUCGGAAGUGAAAAUGUGAUCAUGGUAAAGACCAAUGAAAGGGGGAAGAUAAUUCCUGCUGAUUUGGAAGCGAAAAUCCUCGAAGCAAAACAAAAGGGUUACGUUCCACUGUAUGUAAAUGCUACCGCUGGGACAACUGUCUAUGGUGCGUUUGAUCCAAUAUCUGAGAUAGCUGAUAUCUGUGAAAAAUACAACCUCUGGCUUCAUGUUGACGCUGCGUGGGGAGGUGGACUGCUCAUGUCCAGAAGGCACCGGCAUAAAUUAGAUGGAAUAGAGAGGGCUAAUUCUGUCACUUGGAAUCCUCAUAAGAUGAUGGGUGUCUUACUCCAAUGUUCUGCAAUUCUUUUAAGAGAAAAGGGCAUCCUACAAGGUUGCAAUCAGAUGUGCGCUGGGUACCUGUUCCAACAAGACAAGCAAUAUGAUAUAUCAUAUGACACAGGAGACAAAGCAAUACAGUGUGGGCGCCAUGUAGACAUAUUCAAGUUCUGGCUGAUGUGGAAAGCCAAGGGCACUGUUGGAUUUGAAGCUCAGAUCAACAAGUGCUUGGAGCUUGCAGAAUAUCUCUAUUCUAAGAUCUACAAUCGGGAAGGCUUUGAAAUGGUCUUCAAUGGAGUGCCUGAGCAUACAAAUGUCUGUUUCUGGUACAUCCCUCCGAGCCUUAGGGGAAUGCCCAACAAUGAAGAAAAGCAGGAGAAGCUGCACAGGGUGGCUCCUAAAAUUAAGGCUCUGAUGAUGGAAUCUGGUACAACGAUGGUGGGAUACCAGCCACAAGGAGAUAAAGCCAAUUUCUUCCGAAUGGUCAUCUCAAACCCAGCAGCGACCAAGUCCGACAUCGACUUUCUUGUCGAAGAAAUUGAAAGAUUGGGUCAGGAAUUGUAAUAGUUGUGUUGUCUGCCAUAAACCCCCAAGGUGCUGGUGGACCUUCCCAAACACUGAGGGGGGGUUAGCUUUUAGUGUUCUAUUGCUGGAUAAACCACUUGAGAAAAAAAUAUGGGUUGUGCAAUGUACAGAGUCAAGUUUUAAGGACAUUUCCUUAAUACUUGCGCAAUUCCCUUCUAGCACCUUAAUUCAUUUAGGCUGCUGGAACAUCUAUGUAGAUCAUAAACAAAGACUAUAUUAACUAAUGUGUAAGAUGAACCUUAUUUUUAACCUUCUGAAUGCCAAUGUGUCUUGGCGGCGCAUCUCGCAGCAGGGCGUUGCACUACCCACUGGCUUUCAAAGGCUUAGCAAUCUAAAUUUUACUUAAGGUAACUGAAUGUUGUACAGUGUAACUGUAUGUAUGUAUGUGUGUGUGUGCGCGCGUGUGUGUAAAUAUAAUAUAUAUGUACAGGGUAUAGGCAAGUUACGCAGUUGUCAAGAGCAGCAAAUGUUGGCGGCACAGUAUUGAGAAUCAUGGGUUUAAGGGUGUGGAAAGUGUGUCCCAAUCAAUAAUCUCUAGGUGAGGCCUCUCGCACACAAAGUUUUAGCUGACAAAAGGUAUAUUCCUAUGUGUAAUAAAACAGUCCUUUUGUUCAUUAUAAAUCUACGCACCAUCAAUAACUUGUGAGAUCUCCUAUUAGCUAUACAAUCCCACCAUGCCUUCAAUUUGUACCGACUUUGCCUCAUAAUAUCCACAACCAAUCACUGAUUCAUUCUAACUGUAGCACAUGCAGGAGUCUCUGCCAAAUGAUACUGGAAGCCUUACUGGGGUAAACAUGGUGUAUGUGUUGAGUUGGGGUGUGAUGUCUUGGCUUUGGGGUGAAGAAUGGGAGACUAUUCCCUCAUAUUAGGAAGCAUCCCCACAAAGUAGGCCUCAUAGACCUGUGAACUUUUUCCAUACAUAAACAGUGACAUGUGACUUUCUGCACAAAUGUUUGUGGGUUUCUGGCACUAUAUAGAAAUCCUAUAUACUAGCAGUAGACCCUGAUGUUGGUGCUUUUAUCAAUAGCCUAACAAGCCUGAAAAGCAUUACCCGUAAGUAGAUGCACCUCCUGGAUGGGGGCAAUAGUAGCACAGUCAUUGUUACAGGUAUAUUAUCGCUGUAUUCUUAGGGAUUUAUUUGUGUAGAGUGUGUACAUUAUUGUCGAAUAACUUUGUGAAACCAGAAUACACGUCAUAGUUUUACAGUAAACUGUUAUACGAUAGGUAUAUAAAAUACUUGCUUAUUUAUAUGCAAAGAUUUACCAUGUUACAGAGGUGUCUUGUAUUUUCUUCCAUUUGUAUUGUAUUCUAUUUAUAUAUAAUAUAUAUACAUAGUAUAUAUUACUGAAGUAAGUUAUAAAUAAUAAUUAUUGUAUUUAAGUGUCUUUGUGAGCCAAAGAAAAACUAAAAAAUAUAGUAGAAAUUGUAGACAUGAAUAUAGUGCCCUCAACAUUUAUUCCAUAAAAUAUAGAAGAAAAUAAGUCCAGAACACAGAACGCUGAGGGUGUUAUGGGAUUGGCCCAGUGCAGGGUUUGUUUAGCAAGUGUGAGUGGUGCCAACAUUCUGCCAUGUACUGUAAGAAUGAAUCACAUAUUGGAACUUCACAGCACAAAGUUGGUGUUAGUCACUUCUUGCAAGGAACCCCUGUGCUCCUUCCAACCAUAAAGUGACCCUACUGUGUUUAGAUUCAGACGUGAAGAUGGGAGUUAUACUAUGGUUCAACUUCCUGUGCCCUGAACAGCAUAUGCCAGUGGUUUAGCUAGGUGCAACAAACUGUCUUUAGCUCAGGGGUCUCCAACUUCAUUUACCUGUGGUCCAGACUCAAAUGUAAGAAGUGUUGGGAAGCCACACAACCAUGAAAAAAAAAGUUCAUUGGCAUUGCCAACCUGAAAGAUUUUUUGCUUGGAGCAAACUUGUAUCUUAUUGUGGUACAACUUGCCUCCAUGCUAGCAAUGUAAAAACGAGAACCUGCUUUGAGGCCAGUGAGAGCAGCAUCAAAGGGGGUGGAGAACCUCAACUGUCUGUUGAGGUUCAAUGUUUUAUCUUUUAGAAAAUGUACAAGUAGCACCUCUCUUUUGUAGAGAUUCCUCUUAAUUUCGCAAAAUUUCAUUUAGAAUUGGGCAGAACAUUGUUCAAGUUAUUUGAAUGCUUUUUCCUGCUCAAUCUGUGGUUCUUUAUAGAACCCAAGUAGUCUACAACAGGGGUCCCCAACUUCUUUUAACUGGGAGCCACACAAGUAUGAAAAAUGUUCCUGGGGUUGCUAAAUAAUUCUGUAAUUGGCUAUUUGGUAGCCCUUUAUGGAUUGCCAACCUGUAGAAGGCUCUGUUAGGAGUAACAGGGUUGCUCAUGAGUCUACAAGAACAGUAACUGGUCACUGGUCUACAAGAACAGUAAGCAGUGGCAAUUGGUUGUCCCUACAUAUAUAUUGCUCAGUGCAAAGAAGCAAUUUUUAGAUUUCCCAAGGUUUACAGAAAUGUUUUCAUAGCACAGGUGGGGGAACCAUAGUGAAACAAGGACAAAUGUUAUAACAGGUGCAUAGUAUAUCUAGUAACCCAUAGCAACCUAACAAUCAGCAGAUACAGUUAUGCUGUUUUAAAAGCAAGCAUCUGAUUGGUUGCCAUGAGUUUUGCCCUUGUUAUUCCAUUAUCCCAUUAAAAUGUAUUAUUAAUUUAUUCAAGAUCUAAGCACUUUAUGUUGAUCAUUGGACACAAUAACCCAAUUGUUUCCUUGUACAAAUGAUUGUCCUUCUGCUGUAUGUGAAUUGGUAUAUCACGGUAUGAUUUCGACUGAGGAACCAUAACUGCAGUUACAUUCACUUUGUCUUUCAAGAGUUGCAUUUGUUGUACAGAAUUGUACAGUCACAGCCUGUUAAGAGUAUCUUUAUUUUCAAUGGCAGGGCAAAGCCUCGGCAGUCAGUGCCGAUGAAACAAAUUUGCACAAGAUUAGUUGUUAGUUUGUGUACCUGUCCCUUUGUAGGGAUGUUCCACUAACCUAAAUAUAUUGGAAUGAAGGGUCACUCAAGUCAAACGCAUCCUCUGUAUAAUGUUACACUCCCAACAGCAGGCACAAUAUGGAAGGUUCUCUUGACUCUGCCCUUUAGUAUUCAUGGGAGUUUCUGAACUGGGUCUAAUAAGUCCAGAUGUUGUCCAAAUACUGAUGGCUUUCAGAAACUCUACAAGGUUGAGUCGAGAGUGUUGCACUCACCCUGCUCAUGCACUGCCUUACUCUACCCAUGCUUGACUUAACAUUAUCUGCCAAUAUCGGUCCUUUAGAUGCGGUCCCCGAUCCUACGGCCCCUAUGCCCACCAUUGGCCCUAGGGCCAAAUGAUCGACUUAGCCCGAUGUUACCAACCCAUAGAUGGACAUAUCGGGAGAAGAUCUGCUCACUUGGUGACCUCGCCAAGUGAGCAGAUCUUACAGUAUAUGGCCACCUUUAUUCCAACCACUUAUGGACAUUUGUUUUUUCUCAGUCCACUUUUUGUUUUCAGUAUAGAUAGGAAACAGUAGCGACUCUCUAUCUUCUUAAUUCUUCCUCUGGAUAUUGUGGCACAUUUGUAAAUAAGCUAAGAGCCGCUGGUAUCCCUCUGGGUGUAUAUAAUGUAUAUACUGUAUAUUUUGAUACGAAUCUAAUCUCUAGCUAGCCACCAUCUCAUAAUGUGGCCAUGAGUCCUGCUGUUUGUAAAAUGGGGAAUUGUGGGAUUUCAGCGCAAAGUUGCAUGCCUCAGAUCAGUAGCUCUGAAUUUUAGCUGGCUGAUUUUGUAGCCCAUACAAAUAAGCACAAUUUAGAUUAAGACUAAAAAGUAUUAAGUCAGUGAUUUAGGGCAAGGUCACACCAAGGGUAGAUCCGGUUCCCUACGCUGCUCCCUGUGCCUGCACUGAAAACCACAGUAUCUACCUAAGUGCAGGCACACGGAGUGGAGUAGAGCGUAGGUCCCCAGAAAAUGCUUGCUUUUGCGUUUUACCUUGGCUCCCCCUGCACUGAGGCAGAUACUGUAGUUGUCGCUGUAGGUACGUGUGCCCUUGUCCUAAAAGCAAAUACUUCCAUAAAAAGCUUUGCAUAUUAGAUGAAGUGUCACUAAUUAUAGAGAAGCACAAACUUUUAAUGGUGGUUUAAUAAAUGAUGUUUCUUUGCACCAUUAAGUAAAAGCACAUUAUGGAGCCUUCUUGGCCCUUACUAUAAAUACACAAACACUUUCCGCCCAACUAUAUGCAAGCACAAUAUAAUAGUCUGUAGGCUGUCGCAGUCAUGCUUUGAUUCCCUGUGAAUAAAUUACAGUUAUGCAAUAUGAAUUUAAAUGAGUUUAUUUUUACAAAUACUGAAAUAGGGAGAAUAAUAUUCAUGUACAGCUUGGAUGUAUAUAUGUAUAUACUGUAUCUCGUAUUCCUCAAGCAUCUUCUUUUUAAAUAAGUCUAUGGCCAUGUCUGUCUGUACUGCAAAAAUUCUCUACCAGCAUCGGAAUGGGUGUCUGAGGCCUACUGGGGCUGCUUCCCCAGGGGCCCCAUCACCUGUUCAGGGGCCCAAGCCAGCCCCUUUCACCCCUACCGCCCCUAGAGGUCGUUUCUAAGGGCCAAAAGCCAAAAGAUCUGUAAGCACUAUUCAGUAUUUAUAUUUUAUAUUUAAAUAACACCCUAACCUUAAUAUUUGCUAUAGCUACAGGGAGACGGUGAAUGGUUUGUACCCAAUGGCUGCUGGGCCAUGUCAAUUGCUUCCUGGCUUUCCAAAGGCCCCCUAGCAACCUUGUAUCAGCAAACUUGAUACCACCCCAACCACAUUUUGGGUAUGAUACUGUACAUGGGUAGAAAUGAGCAAAGACAGUGCUGAGCAGGGGAUGUGCCUCUACUUUCUAAAGAUGCCCAGAGGUCACCAAAUGAGUGGAUCUUUGAAAUGUUCACCUUGAGGUGGGCAAUAUAGGUCUGAUCUGAUCAUUUGGCCCUCGGUCUUAAGGGGCCUUACCAAUAGCAUGAAUCUGUCCAUGUAUGGGCACCACAAUGAAUUUCCAAAUCUCCUUUUACUAGGACAAUCUUAAGUUGUGAAUGAGCCUGGGGCAAACAGACUUGUGAGCCCCAGUCUUUCAUGUGGUCCUUCAUCUCUGCCCCUCCCCCCCUAAAGCAAAUUGUAAGAAAACUUUAAAAAAAAAAAAAAAGAAACUGAUGUCGACUCAGGAGGAAAGUCAGGGACUGUAGCAAUAGCCACUUAGCUUUAUUUCUUUCAGGGCACAGUGUGUUUGAAAAAAAAAAAAUGACAAAAAUGUGUUGUUUUGUGAUAACUGGGUUCUCGCUAUUCUGUGACUGACAAAGAGAGAUUUCAUUAUUACAGAUAUGCAAUGCAGUUCUAAUUUUGUUAAUAAAAUUCUGCCUUUAAAACCAUC